AUGACGGACGCCGCGUGCGUCGCCAAGACGGAGACGUGGCGGACGUUGGCGGAGCUGGAGGCUUCCGUCGCCGGGUGGUUCGACGGGCCGAUCAAGGAGAUCGCUUUCGAGGACGUCGCCGACGCGCUGGAGCGCGUGGACGCGGCGGCGCUGCGGAUGGGCAAGGCGAACAGGGACGAUCGAGUCGUGUUUCGGAUAACGGACACCGCGAGUGCGUUUAAGACGACGUCGCCGAUCCUUCAAGAGCUGUCGAAUCGGGUGUUACGGGACCGGCACUGGGAGAAGAUUUUCGCGCUCGUCGGGAAAGAGUACGCCGAUCACGCGGCGGCGGCGUCGUUCUCGCUGCGGUGGCUCCUCGGUCUCGGUCUGGACGCCGACGCGAACGCGCACGAGGUUUCCAAAAUCAGCGCGGUCGCGAACAAAGAGCACGCGCUCGAGAAGGCGCUGCGGAAGAUGCGCGACGACUGGGACGGCGUCGCGUUUAAAGUGUUUCCGUACAAAGACACGGGCACGCACGUCGUCGGCGGCGUGGACGACGUGCAGCAGUUACUCGACGACCACCUCGUGAAGACCGCGAGCAUGCGCGCGAGCUCGUUCAUCAAGCCGUUCGAGCUCGUCGCGUCAUCGUGGGAGGAGACGCUGAAGACGUUACAAGAGAUGCUCGACAACUGGCUGUCGUGUCAGAGCGCGUGGCAGUAUCUCGAGCCGAUUUUCAGCAGCGAGGAUAUCAUGAAGCAGAUGCCCGAAGAGGGCUCGAAGUUCAACACCGUGGACCAAAUAUUCCGCGAAAUUCAAGACGCGACGGCGGCGAAACCGCACGCGCUCGACAUCGCGAAGGACAAACAGCGUCUGGACGACCUCGCGGAGGCGAACACGCUCUUGGACGCGAUACAAAAAGGCCUCGCGGCGUACCUCGAAGUAAAACGCGUCGCGUUCCCGCGUUUUUUUUUCCUCUCCAACGACGAGAUGCUCGAGAUCCUCUCCGAGACGAAGGACCCGACGCGCGUGCAGCCGCACUUGCAAAAGUGCUUCGAAGGCAUCCACGAGGUCGAGUUCAAGUCGCGCGGCGGCGGCGGCGGCGGCGGCGCGGGCGGCGACGACCUCCUUCGCGACGGCGCCGCCGCGAGCUCGGUCGACGGCCUGGAGAUCGUGGGCAUGUGCUCCGUGGAAGGCGAGCGCGUGGAAUUCGUCACGAACGUCAGGCCCGCCGCGGCGGGCGCGCAAGUCGAGAAGUGGCUCGUGCGCGUCGAGUUUUCCAUGCUCGAGGCGACCAAGUCGCAGUGCUCGCGCGCGAACGUCGAUUACCCGACGCGCAUUCGGACCGAGUGGGCGACGCGGUGGCCCGGGCAAGCUGUGCUCGUCGUCUCCGCCGCGCACUGGACGCACGCGUGCGCGGACGCGCUUCGAAGGGAGGGCGCGGCGGAGAGAGGCGCGGUGGCGGCGUGCGCGGCCGAGUGCACGAAGCAACUCACGGAGACGGUGGACCUCGUGCGAGGGGAGAUGACGUCGCUGCACCGGAAGACCGUGUCCGCGCUGGUCGUCAUGGACGUGCACGCGCGCGACGUCGUCGCCGGGAUGGCGGCGAAAGGGACGAGCAGCGAGGGUGAUUUCGAGUGGCUGUCGCAGCUGCGAACGUACUUUGAAUCCGACGCCGGCGACGGCGGCGGCGGCGGCGGCGGCGGCGGCGGCGGCGGCGGCGGCGGCGACCCUCCUCCUUCCGAGACCGUCAUCGCGCGGAUGAUGAACGCGUCGAUCGAGUACGGGUUCGAGUACCUCGGGAACUCCUCGCGGCUCGUGAUCACGCCGCUGACGGACCGGUGCUACCGGACGCUGAUGGGCGCGAUCCACCUCAACCUGGGCGGCGCCCCCGAGGGCCCCGCGGGGACGGGCAAGACGGAGACGACGAAGGACCUCGCCAAGGCGCUCGCGCGGCAGUGCGUCGUGUUCAACUGCUCGGACUCGCUGGAUUACCACACGAUGGGGAAGUUCUUCAAAGGGCUCGCGUCCAGCGGCGCGUGGGCGUGCUUCGACGAGUUCAACAGGAUAAACUUGGAGGUGCUCUCCGUCGUGGCGCAGCAAGUGUUGGAGAUACAGAUCGCGGUGAAGAACAGAGUCAAGACGUUCGUGUUCGAAGGCAGCGAGCUUCCGCUGCGACUGAGCUGCAACGUGUUCAUAACGAUGAACCCCGGGUACGCCGGGCGCUCGGAGCUGCCGGAUAACCUCAAGGCGCUGUUUCGCACCGUGGCGAUGAUGGUUCCAGAUUACGCGUUGAUCUCCGAGAUUUUACUCUACUCGGACGGCUACCUCCAGGCGAGAGAUUGCGCCCGGAAGAUCGUCGCGACGUACCGCCUGUGCAGCGAGCAGCUCUCGUCGCAGGACCACUACGACUACGGCAUGCGCGCGGUCAUCGCGGUGUUGCGAGCGGCCGGGAACUUGAAGCGGAAGCACCCGGACGCGGACGAGUUCCAACUCACGCUGCGCAGCAUCGUCGACGUCAACGCGUGUAAGUUUCUCUCGCACGACGUGCCGCUCUUCAACGGCAUCGUCCGCGAUCUGUUCCCGGGCGUGGAGCUGCCGCCGCCAGACCACGGUGCGCUGGACGACGCGCUCAAUCGCGCGUGCGAGGCGAUGAACGCGCAGCCGCAUCCGUACUUUCUUCAGAAGUGCGUCCAGCUUCGCGAGAUGAUCGUCGUUCGACACGGCUUGAUGCUCGUCGGCGAGCCGUUCAGCGGGAAGACGACCGCGCUGCGCGUGCUCGCGGCGUCGCUCACGUCGCUCUCCGAGGCGGACGUCCCGGGCGAGACCCCGGUGACGUGCGUGUUCUUGAACCCGAAGGCGGUGACGAUGGGUCAGCUGUACGGCGAGAGCGACCCGAUCACCGCGGAGUGGCGCGACGGCGUGCUCGCCGUGCAAUUUCGUAAGCUCGCGUCGUCGCGCGCCGACGAGCGCAAGUGGCUCGUCAUGGACGGCCCCGUCGACGCGCUGUGGAUCGAGAACAUGAACACGGUGCUGGACGACAACAAGAAGCUGUGCCUGCCGAACGCGGAGAUCAUCGCGAUGCGCGGCGCGAUGAACAUGAUCUUCGAGGUGUCCGACCUGGCCGUCGCGUCCCCGGCGACGGUGUCUCGGUGCGGGAUGGUCUACCUCGAGCCGUCGCAGCUCGGUUGGCGCCCGGCGCUGAAGUCGUGGCUUCGCACGAUGGACGGUCGCCUCGCGCGGAAGUCGAUCGAGCGCGUCGAGGGCCUGUUCGAGUGGGCGCUUCCGCCGAUGCUCGCGGUCAAGAAGCGCGCGCUCCGCGCGGUGUCCCCCGCGUCGGACGCGAACCUCGCGGCGUCGUGUCGCCGGCUGUUUAAGGCGCGUUCUAUCUCACACUGGUCCCCGUACGACCGCGUCGGCGUGGUGAACGCCGCGCUGCUGGCGGAUCUCACCGGCAUCGGCGCCGCGCGCGAGGACGAGGACGGCGACGACGACGCCGCGGGCGACGUCGACGUCUCGGGCGACGACGACGGCGACGGGAACGGCGACGGCGACGGCGACGCGACCGCGACCGCGACCGCGACGAGAGAGCCGGUCUCAGAGAGGGCGUCGAAGUGGGUCAAGAGAGGGUCGAAAUUCAUCGACAUCGCGCUCGUCGCGCCCGUCAUCGACGCGGUGUUCCUCUUCUCGCUCACGUGGAGCGUCGGCGCGUGCACGGACGCCGCCGGGAGGGUCGUCUUCGACGACGCCCUGCGCGCGCUCGUGCACGGCGAGACCCCCCCUGCUUCGGAGUCGGAGGGAGGAGGAAAGAGAGUGACGCUGCGGUGCGACCUCCCGCCGCCGCUCCUCCGCCGCGACCGCGCGUCCGCCGACGCCGCCGCCGACGACGACGCCGCCGCCGCCGCGACCGGGAGUACCGUGUUCGACUACGUCCUCAAGCGCGCGUCCCCGCGCGACGCGACGAAGUUCGCGUGGAUCCCGUGGACGUCCACGAUCAAACCCGCGGACGAGAUCAUCCCCCCGGGCUCCUCCUUCGGCUCGAUCCUCGUCCCCACCGCGGACGGCGCGCGCUGCGCGUACCUCCUCGACGUCGCGACACGCCGCGCCAAGGCGCGUUCUAUCUCACACUGGUCCCCAUACGACCGCGUCGGCGUGGUGAACGCCGCGCCGCUGCUCCUGUGCGGCCCCACCGGCACCGGGAAGACCGCGUACGUCUCCCGGUACCUCCGCGGUCUCGACAAGGAGACGCACGAGGCGAGCGUGAUCGGGUUCAGCGCGCGCACGUCCGCGAACGCGACGCAGGAGCAGGUGGAUCUGCGGCUGGAUAAGCGGCGGAGAGGCGAGUACGGGCCGCCUCCGGGGAAACGCGCGAUUUUCUUCGUCGACGACUUGAACCUCCCGGCUCGAGACGCGUACGGGUCGCAGCCGCCGAUCGAGCUCUUAAGGCAGUUCGAGGACCACGGCGGGUGGUACGGGCGGGAUAACGCGUUCAGGAGCGUGGUGCAGACGUCUUUCGUCGCCGCCAUGGCGCCCGCGGGCGGGGGACGGCACCCGGUCACGGAGCGCUACCUGCGGCAUUUUUCGCUCCUCGCCGUCGCGGACAUCGCGGGGGGCACGUUGAGAGGGAUCUUCGAGCGCAUCUUGCGGUGGUACCACGAUCAAGGCGGCUUCGACGACGCGAUAAAAAACCUGGUCCCCUCGAUCGUGACCGCGACGUUGUCGAUAUACGAGUCGUGCCUCGCGUCGCUUCUCCCGACGCCGGCCAAGUCGCACUACACGUUCAACCUGCGCGACUUCGCGCGCGUGAUUCAGGGCGUGACGCUGAUGCGACGCGAGUCGAUCCCGACCGCGACCGCGACCGACCAAGGGGGCGAAGACGGCGUCCAGCUGUAUCGCCGACUGUGGGUGCACGAGACGUUCAGGGUGUUCGGCGACCGGCUCGCGGACGACGACGACGUGGCGUGGCUGCUAUCGAGGGUGAAAGACGUCACGCGCGAGGCGUUCGGGGUGCGUUUCGACGACCUCAUGUCGCGCUUGCGCGAGGCGGGCUCGACGACGAUCGACACGGACGACAUGCGACGGUGCGUCUUCGGCGAUUACAUGCGCGGACCGGCGACCGACGACGACGACGACGACGACGGCAGCGGCGACGAGGACGGCUGCGUCGAGGACGACGACGCGAUCGUCGUCGCGUCUUCUCGUCGUCGCCGCGCGUACGCGGAGAUCACGGACGUGGACGCGCUCGUGAAGACCCUGGAGCGGUACCUCGACUCGCACAACGCGGCGUCGACGUCGCCGAUGAACCUCGCGAUGUUUCUGUACACCGCCGAGCACGUGUCGAGGAUCACGCGCGUGUUGGGGCAGCCCGGCGGGUCGUUGCUCCUCGUCGGCGUCGGCGGUUCCGGGAGGCAGUCGCUCACGCGUCUGUCCGCGCACGUGUGCGGUAUGCGACUGGAGCGCGUGGAGAUCUCGAAAACGUACGGCGUCGCGGAGUGGAGGGAAGACUUGAAAAAGAUGCUCCGAGCCUCCGGCGGCGCGGGCGAGCACGUCGUCUUCCUCCUCUCGGACGCGCAGAUAAAGACCGAGGCGUUCGUGGAGGACGUGAACAACCUUCUGAACGCCGGGGAGGUGCCGUGCAUGUUCACCCCGGACGAGCGCGCCGCGUUGAUCGAAACCAUAAGACCCGCGGGGAACGCCGCCGGGUUUGAAUCCCCGCUCGAGCUCUGGGGGUUCUUCACGCGGCGGUGCAAGGACUUCACGCACGUGUGCUUCUGCACGUCCCCGAUCGGGGAAGCGUUCAGGGAGCGUCUGAAGCAGUUCCCGAGCCUCGUGAACUGCUGCACGAUCGACUGGUUUAGGCCGUGGCCCGUGGACGCGCUCGAGGCGGUGGCGAAAAAGUUUGUCGGCGACGUCGACGAUUUGGACGACGACGUCCGACGGUCGCUCGUGCGAGUGUGUAAACAGUUCCACGGCGACGUCGCGGAGGCGUCCGGGAGGUUUUUGCGCGAGGAGGGAAGGCACAACUACGUCACGCCGACGUCGUACUUGGAGCUUCUGACGUCGUUCGACGCGCUCUUACGCGCGAAGCGCGCGGAGAUUUCAAACGCCAAGUCGCGGUACGAGAUUGGGUUACAAAAGAUAGCCUCCGCGUCGACGCAAGUCGCGACGAUGCAAACGGAGCUGAACGCGCUGAAACCGGAGCUCAUCAAGACCGUGGGCGAGGUCGAGAUCUUGAUGACGCAGAUCGCGAAAGAAAAAGUCGAGGUCGUCGAGCCAAAGACGCGAGCCGCCAAGGAGGCGGAAGCCGUCGCCGCCGACGGCGCCGCGAAAGCGAAAGCGGUGAAAGACGAGUGCGAGGGCAUGCUGGAGAAGGCCAUGCCCAUACUCAAUUCCGCGAUCGCGGCGCUGGAUACGUUGAAACCGGCGGACAUCAACUACGUGAAAGGUCUGAAGAACCCCCCGGCCGCGAUCAAGCUCGUCAUGGAGGCCGUCUGCGUCGUGCUCGAGGUGAAACCGAACCGGUCGAAGGACGGCGACAACCGAGAGAUCGUGGACUACUGGAAGCCGUCGUUGGGGCUCCUGAACGACAAGAAUUUCCUCGAGACGCUGAAGAACUACGACAAGGACAACAUCCCGACGAAGGUCAUCGCGCGCAUUCGCGAGAAGUACACCUCGAACGAGGACUUCACCCCCGAGAAGGCCGCGAACGCUUCCGCGGCGGCGGAGGGCUUGUGCAAGUGGGUGUGCGCCAUGGACGAGUACGAGAAAGUAUCGAGGCUCGUCAAGCCGAAGCAAGAAGCGCUCGCGGAGGCGCAGGGCGAGUACGACGUCUUGAUGACCGGUCUGAGAGAGACGCAAGCGGAACUGCGCGAGCUCGUGGACAAGCUCGAGGGCAUGGAGCGCGAGCUGGAGCAAAACACGAAGAAGAAGAACCAACUCUCGGACGACGUCGACCUGUGCACCGUCAAGCUCGAGCGCGCGGAAAAGCUCAUCGCGGGGCUCGGCGGCGAGAACGCUCGGUGGACGAAGGAAGCGACGCGGUUGGGGGAGCGAUACGCGCGCCUCACCGGCGACGUCCUCGUCUGCGCGGGGGUCAUAUCCUACCUCGGCGCGUUCACGGGGACGUAUCGCGACGAGAUGACGUCGCGGUGGGUCGACGCGUGCGCGCGGGAGAACAUCCCGCGGUCGCCGUCCUUCUCGCUCGCGGGCGUGCUCGGGGAUCCGGUGAAGAUACGCGAGUGGCACAUCGCGGGGCUGCCGAACGACUCGUUCAGCGUGGACAACGGGAUCAUCGUCGAUAACGCGCGGCGGUGGCCGCUGAUGAUCGACCCGCGGCAGCAGGCCAACGCGUGGAUCAAGCGGAAAGAACGCGGGAACACGCUGCAGGUCAUCAAGCUCUCGCCGAACGACGGUGGGUACGUCCGGACGUUAGAGAACGCGAUCACGUUCGGGCUGCCCGUGCUUCUUGAGAACGUCGGGGAGGAGCUGGACCCGCUCUUGGAGCCGUUGCUUCUUAAGCAGGUGUUUAAACAAGCCGGGGUGGAGUGCAUGCGCUUGGGCGACGCCGUCGUCGAGUACUCCGCGGAUUUUCGAUUUUACGUCACGUCCAAGUUACGGAACCCGCAUUACUUGCCGGAGACCGCGGUGAAGGUGACGCUUCUGAAUUUCACGCUCACGCCGGAAGGUCUCGGGGACCAGCUCUUGGGCGUCGUCGUCGCGAAAGAGAGGCCGGACCUCGAGACCGCGAAGAACGACCUCGUGAUGCGAUCCGCGGGGAACAAGCGACGGCUAAAAGAAAUCGAGGACAAAAUCCUUCAAGUCUUGUCGUCGUCGCGAGGGAACAUCUUAGAAGACGAGACCGCGAUCAAGGCCAUCUCGGACGCGAAGGCGGUCUCGAACGAGAUCGCGACCGCGCAGACGAUCGCGGACGAGACCGAGCGCGAGAUCGACGCCGCGAGAGGGAGCUACAAACCCGCGGGAGAGUACUCCGCGGUGCUGUUUUUCGCCAUCAGCGAACUCGCCAACGUCGAGCCGAUGUAUCAGUACUCGUUGGGGUGGUUCAUCGGGCUGUUCAUCGCGUCCAUCGCCGCCGCGACCGCUUCCGAGGACGUGCGCACCAGGCUCGAGCACAUCGAGACCCACUUCCUUUUCGCGCUGUACCGGAACGUGUGCCGGUCGCUGUUCGAGAAGGACAAGCUGUUGUUCGCGUUUUCGCUGUGCGUCGAGGUGUUACGCGCGCGAGGGGAGAUCGACGCCGAGGAGUGGAGUUUCUUGCUCACCGGCGGCAUAGGCGGCGGCGCGGGCGAGGAUGCCUGCGGUACCAGCAGCGCGAAACUGAACGACGACGACGUCUCCGAAGAGGACACGUCGUGGAUCACGCAAAAGUGCCGGAGCGAGCUGUCGCGCGUCUCGAAGCUCCCCGCGUUUGAAGGCGUCGCCGCGUCCGUCUCCGACGACCCGAAGGCGUGGCGCGCGGUGUACGACGACGACGCGCCGCACGCGUCGGCGUUCCCGUCGCCGUUCCAGGACGCGCUCACGACGUUCCAGAAGCUUCUCCUCGUGCGCUGCGUUCGCCCGGAUAAGCUCGUCCCCGCGGUCAGGGAUUUCGUGCGGCGGCACCUCGGGGAGAGGUACGCGCAUCCGCCAGCGUUUCGUUUGGAGAGCUGCUACGACGACAGCGCGUCGACGACGCCGCUCGUGUUCGUCCUCUCCCCGGGGUCUGACCCCAUGGCGGGUCUGCUUCAGUUCGCGGACGAGCGCGGGAUGUCCGAUCGCAUCUCCUACAUAUCGCUCGGGCAAGGCCAGGGCCCGAAAGCGGCGGCGAUGAUACGCGAGGGGAAGGAGGCGGGGAGUUGGGUCGUGUUGCAGAACUGCCACCUCGCGCCGUCGUGGAUGCCGGCGUUGGAUACCAUCGUCGAAGAGUUGGUGAGCGACGCGGACGACGCCAGCUGUCGCGCGCACGCGGAUUUCCGGCUGUGGAUGACGGCGUAUCCGUCGAAAGACUUCCCGGUGAACAUCCUUCAAAACUCGGUGAAGAUGACGAACGAGCCCCCGAAAGGCGUCAGGGCGAACAUGCUUCAGACGCUGCGCGCGGAGCCCAUCGGCAACUUGGACUUUUUCGACGGAUGCUCGAAACCGAAGCCGUUCAAAGCGCUCCUGUUCGGUCUGUGCUUCUUCCACGCCGUCGUCCAGGAGCGCAGGAAGUUCGGGCCGUUGGGAUGGAACAUCCCGUACGGGUUCGACGACGGCGACUUGCGCAUUUCCGCGCGGCAACUGCGCGCGUUCGUGGACGAGAACGAUAGCCUCCCCCUAGACGCGUUGCGAUACGCCACGGGCGAGUGCAACUACGGCGGGCGCGUCACGGACGACAAAGACCGCGUGCUUCUGAACGCGCUGUUGUCCAAGUGCUACUGCGAGGACAUCGUGGAGAAACCCCCGGGGGAGUACGCGCUCACGGAGAGCGGUCUGUACGUCCUGCCGUGCGUCUCGCCGUCCAUGGAGACGAUGACGGAGUACGUGCGGUCGUUGCCCGCGCUGCCCUCGCCGGAAGCGUUCGGGAUGCACCCGAACGCGGAUAUCACGAAAGAUAACGCGGACACGGGCGUGAUGCUAUCGUCGCUGCUGUUGAUGACGCGGAGCGGUGGCGGGAAGGGCGGGAAGGGCGAGGGCGGCGGCGGCGGCGGCGCCGGGAAGAGCCAAAAUAACGUCUCCGCGGUCGUUCACGAGUUCCUCGAGUCGCUCCCCGACGACUUCGACGUCGACGCCGCGCGCCGUCGGUGGCCGGCGACGUACGAGCAGUCCAUGAACGCGGUGUUGACCCAAGAGAUGACGCGCUUCAACCGACUCUUGGACGUCAUUCGGAGCUCGUUGACCGCGAUCGCGGCCGCGAUCAAAGGUCAGGCGAUCAUGUCCAGCGACAACGACGCGGCGUGCGAGGCGCUGCGCGUCAACGCCGUGCCAAUCACCUGGCGCCACGUGUCUUACCCGUCGCUGAAGCCCGCGGCGUCGUACCUCGCGGACCUGCGCGCGCGCGUGGAGACGUUCCAGAGAUGGAGCGAGCGCGGCCCGCCCGCGGUGCAUUGGAUGAGCGGCUUCUUCUUCGUGCACUCGUUUCUCACCGCCGCGUUGCAAAAUUUCGCGCGGGCGACGCGCGCGCCGAUCGACGAGGUGUCGUUUCAGUUCGCCCCGCUCGGGAUGGACCCUCACGCGUACGACGACGCCGCGCCGGAGGAGGGCGUGUACGUCCGCGGGCUCUUCUUGGAAGGGUGCGACUGGGACGUCGAGCGGCGCGUUCUCAGGGAGGCGGCGCCGAAGGUUCUCUUCGCGAACGCGCCCGUGUUUUGGCUGCGGCCGCGGCGGCGACGCGCCGGCGCCGACGCGGACGCGGACGCCGACGCGGCCGCCGAGGGAGAGAACGCCGCCGCGGCCAACACGUAUCGGUGCCCGGUGUACCGGACGCAGGAGCGCAGGGGCGAGCUCGCGACGACGGGGCACUCGACGAAUUUCGUGAUGUUCAUGGACGUGCCGUCGGACGCGCCGAGCGAUCAUUGGGUCCUGCGCGGGGCGGCGAUGAUCACGAGUCUCGCGGAGUGA